AUGUACCUCAAACUUGGUCGGGUCCUCGCCGCCCGCACCAUGUUUGACGCAAUGGUGUGCCGAAACGCCAUGUCCUUCAACAUCCUCAUCGGCGGCCUCAUCCACAACGGGGACAUCAACGCUGCCCGCAAGCUAUUUAAUGAAAUGCCAAAGAGGAACCUCGCCAUCUGGAACGCCAUGAUUGCCGGGCUGGCUCACUUCGAGCUCGACGAGGAGGGACUCAAGUGCUUCCUGAGGUCGAGGAGGGAGGGCCUGCGUCCCGAUGAGUUUGGUUUGGGGAGCACCUUGCGAUGCUGCGCCGGAUUGAAGGAUACAAGAAGAGCACAAAAUGGGGACCCUGAAGGGGCCUUCCACCAUUUCAUCCUCAUGAAGAAUGCCGGAUUGUUGCCAGACCAUGUAACCUUUGUUAGCAUCAUCAGUGCAUGCUCCGACUUAGCUACCUUAGCACAGGGGCAACAAGUGCAUGCACAAGUCAUCCAUGUUGGAGUUGGUUCAGUCACCCCGGUGAGGAGUUCACUGAUAAGCAUGUAUUCCAAGUGCGGUUGUUUGGAGGAUUCAAGCACGAUAUUUUCUGAAUUUGAUGCAUCAGACCUUGUGCUAUGGAGCUCCAUGAUUGCAGCCUACGGUUUUCAUGGACGUGGAGAGGAGGCUAUCAAGCUGUUUAAUGAGAUGAUCGGAGAAGCCACAAUUAUCAUGCUGUAG